CUCCCAUCUUCUCUCAAAGCUCCAGCCUAGGGUUUCUGGCCGCCGCCUAUCUCCGGCCGCCGGCCCGCGCUGCUGCGCCUCCUUUUGUUGCCUCCCUCAGCCUCAACUCGGCCACCAGCCCACCACACAGCAAGGCACAGGGGGUUGGGGAAGUGCUGCUCCAGGCGGGGGUCAUGGGGCCAAGGUGGCGCCGUACAGGGGACGCAUCGGCGGUUGCAGCUUUGCUUCUCCCGGUGACGCCACCGUGGAGGAAGGGGAUUCCACCAUCUUGGAGGAGGGGAAGAGACCCGGCGCUGCUGCAGCGGAGAUGGACUUGAGGGAGCAGGCCGGCCGGCCAACAGGGCGGAGAAUCGUCGACGCCGGAAGGGACGACGACCAUGCCGCCGGGGAGGAUGCGCAGCGGCAGCAGAAGAGAGGAAGACAGUGCCUCCACCAUGCCGAUGACAUCUGGUACAUCUUGAUUCUAGACGCGGAGACGCCCACUGAGGUAUACCGUCCCACUUGUGCUUUCCAAUUUGAUACAGUAAGUGUGGUAAAGGUUCUUGGUGAUCAGGGAUCAUUCAAGAAUUGGUAUUUUAGCUGCCCCUCGGGCUGGCAUUUGCUACUUUAUGGGUUAAUUGCAUAUGAUACAGUUCAAGUAAUUUCUUCCAGAUUUUAGCCAGAGCUGUUUAUCCCAAAUGCAAGUAAUUAUUGAGGUCAAAAUUAUUAUAAUAUGUUGCGUAAAUAGUACAUAGAUUUGUUAUUUGAUUCCUGAUAUGAUCGGCUCUGAGACGGAGAAAACCAUAUUGUGGUGUAUGUGAGAAUAUGCAUUUGUCAGCAAGGUUGCGUAUUUCCGGUCCAAGGUUUAUGAAACUUCCUUUUCUUUUAGUUAGGUUUGCUGUAUUUUUUUGAAAGUUUUCUACCAAGUUAUUGUUUCUGGUUCAAAUGAGCUACAUCUUGCUAAUUAAAACAUAUAUGUACACACCAUGUAUGUAAAGGAUGAAGGCUUGCAAGUUUAAAUAAUGGAGUCGAUUAGCGGGGAGCUAGGGCGUGGGCGCUACGGCGCUGCGGUUUCUCACCGACCAGUUCCCUGAAGACGAAGACACCAUGCUCGGCGUAUACAGCGCUAGGAGGCCAAUCUUCAGACUGUUAGCGCCGCUCGCGGGGAGGCCAACAUUCAGACUGCCAGCGCCGCUCCUCGACUCUACAGCUGGCAGAACUGACUACCCUUCAGCUUCUCCACACGCAGUGCCCCGCUGCAAUGUAUGUCUUGAGGUCCCUGUAGCAGUAACGCUUUCGCCCAAAAUCCACAGUGGCUACCGUUCAACUCCAAAGUGCUUGGUCUUGUCAGGGAGGGAGUCCCAAUUCGACUGUAUUUCUGGAGCCCUAAACAAAGACCAAAUGGUGGUACAUAUCUGGAGCUGUAUGAUGCUUGGAGAAGCACUGCUAAGAGUUGUUGGCACCGACAGUGGAGAGAUGUGCUCCUAGGAGGGAUGCGUCGGCAAGCUGCCGAGCUCCGGUCAGCUGUUCAUAUUGCCUUGGCAAGAAGCAGCAUGCGUUUGAGAAGGCUUUGUUUGCUGGAGCAGGGGUUGAUCUACAUCGAUGAUUUGAUCUACAUCCGUGGCAGUGCGAGGAGCUUUGCUCUGUGCCGUAUGCUAACCUAGGUUUUGCCAGUGGUACCGCUUAUCUUGCAAGAUGAUUGACAGGUGCAUAUUCUUUCGGAGCACAUGCUGGAUAGGAUAAAUUGGGGGCACCACCGGGUUGGCAGCGACGUUGAGGUAGGUAGAGCGUGUGGACGCGAGAGGCAUGCUCUGGUAAUCUGCUUGGUAGGCAGAUCCUGCGUUUUAUAAUGUGCUCUUUGUCCUAUGUCAUGGUCGUCUUGGUUGGGCAGCUGUUGUAGCCAUGUUCAGUAGCUGGUGUGCGAUGGUGUUUUGGUGAAUGAAAUAGACCGCCCGAGCUCAGUGUGGGGUGGACCGGGUCGUGUGCUGGUUUUCCUUGGUUGUUCUUUUGUGGUAGGCUGGAGUAGGUGUAAGUGGAGUGGGUAUGUGUGACGCCAUGUAUUUUUGGAUGUGGUUUUUUUUGAAAUGGAUAUAAGA